AUGUCAGACGGAACUUUAUUUACCGAUUUGAAAGCAAGGAAAUUGAUCAGAACAAUCGUGCCAAGGGGUUUGGUGCGUUCGUUGAAGCUGGACGUCAAGCUCAAGGACCCCAGCGACGCUCGAGAACUGUACGAAAGCGAAUUUCCAUGGGGAAAGUACCCCACGUUUGUGGGACCACACGACGAGUGGACUCUCACGGAGGCUAUGGCCAUUGACUAUUACCUAAUCCACCUGUCUAAGGACAAGAAAGCCAUUACUCACUUAUUGGGGCCCGUGGGUGAUUUCAAGGUCCGUGCGGACAUCCUGAGAUGGGAGUCGCUCUCCAACAGCGAUUUCUUGAUCGAGCUGUGUAAGUUGUUUUACCCUAUAGUGGGGAUAAAGCCUUACGAUGCCGCCGAGUUCAACACCGCAAGGGGGAACAUUGACACUAUGGUCUCCCUCUACGAGAGGAGGUUGAAGGAACAGCAGUUUCUGGCGUGCGAUGAUCAUGAAACUCUCGCUGAUCUAAUCUCUGCGUCUGUUUUUUCAUUGGGGUUCAUAAGUAUCUUCGACGAAGAAUGGAGAUCAAACCACCCGGAAAUCACUAAGUGGUUCAGUAAGAUGCUCAAGUCUCGCUUUUUUGAGGGAGAGUUUGAAAAGUUUGAAAUGUGCAAGACGGCAUUGCAACCUAAGAAAUAA